AUGUCGAUAUCGCAAGCGGAUGUAACGCAGCAUCAACACCUCACGCCGCCCUCAAGUUUUACAAACGAGCCUUUGACGCCUCCGCUGACCGACAAGAAGCCUUUUGCGGGGGCCCUUCGUGUCAUCGCGUUCCUCAGACACAUUCAAGCGGGAAGGAACAUCAAGCAAGGCACGUGGAUAGAGUUUCAGCUUGCACAAGGAGAGUACGACGAGAUAGAGCGUACGCUCCAGCAAGACGAUGUGCUUGCGGGGUACGUGAAAGACAAGAUACGGUAUGACUACGACGGAGACAAGCGUAGACUAGUCGUUCGCAUGCCUACUGGGGUACACGAGCUCUUCAUUGAUGAAGUGGAGGAUGCGAUUCGGACCCAGCUGAAAGCGAUACGUGACGGGUCAGGCAGGAAGGCUCAAUUCGCGCAGAAAGUGCGACCGGCCCGAUCGACUGAAAUACAGUUUGCUACUAACGCUUCAUCCAGCAAAUCGAAGUACGAACCAGAUGCGUCAUUCUGGCAUGACGAUGCACAAUAUCCGGGUGUCAUUAUCGAAGUCGCAUACUCGCAGAAGAAGACGCGCCUAGGCCGGUUAGCCGAAAAUUAUCUUCUAGAUUCAGACGCUAGCGUACGAGCUGUUGUCGGCCUGGAUAUAGAGUAUGGCAAGAAGGGGUCACGCAAAGCAACGUUAUCGAUAUGGCGACCACGACUGUUUGAUACUGCUGAUGGGUCUGAAUUGCGAGCUGUUGAAGAGGCCGCGGAUGAGGCUUUCCGUGACGAUGAAGGAAACCCCGUCGACUACCCAGGCCUACGGCUCCGCCUCAGCGAUUUCACCUAUGAAGAACUUGCACAGGACGAGAUGGGAGAUGAAGAUACAGAAAUUUGCAUCUCUGGGACACAGCUCUGCCAAUAUCUUGCUGCGGCGGAGAGCAAAGCACGGCGAGCGCAAUCGCUAGGCAAGCAUUCUUUUGCCCGUGAGGUCAAAAAGAGGAAACGCUCGGAAACACCUCCCGAAGAGAUUACGUCAGGUGAUGAAGCAAGGUACGUUGAGGAUGAGGAGACUAUAGAGUUCAUGCACCAAUAA